AUGGGUUGGUUCUGGGCAGAUAGCGCACCGGCAGCGCCUGUCGCGCCACAUCCCAUGCCUCGAGGAGAUGCGACACCUCCCCCCAGCUGUCCCAUGCACAACAAACUUCCCCAUCGUCCCUCGAAAGCCUCCACCCCCGAUGCCGUUCCCGCCGGCGCAUGCCCGUACGUCCCGCCCGAUUCCUCCACCUCCGCAGCACCCCCCCAGCAAGGCCUCCUCUCCCGCCUCAACCCUCUCAACAACAUGCCCUUCGACCUGAGCAACAAACGCGAGACGCCGCACCAAACGCACGACCUCCCCUUGACCCGCGAACCCUCGACGAUCCCAAAGGGCGACGGCUCCCUCUGGGAAUACCCCUCGCCGCAGCAAAUGUACAACGCCAUGCUGCGCAAGGGAUACACGGACACGCCCGCCGACGCCGUCGAAUCCAUGGUUGCCGUGCACAACUUCCUGAACGAGGGCGCGUGGGCCGAGAUUGUAGGGUGGGAGCGGCGCUUCGCCCGCGGUCUCGUGGAGGGGUACCGCGUGUGCAAGCGCGGCGAGGAGAAUGCCAAUAUCGCGCUCGGCAUGCAGGACCCGCUCGACACAAGGUGGACGGAGAAGAACAUACCGGCUCCGAAGCUCCUGCGCUUCACGGGCCGUCCGGGGGAGGCGACGCCCAAGUCGCAGAUGCUGCAGCUGCUGGGCUGGGCGUGGCCGUCGAAAUUCGGGACCCCGCCGCCGUUUGAUCGGCAUGAUUGGUUUGUGCAGCGGUGUGAUGCUGCGGGGAAUUGCGAGGAGGUGCGGUAUGUGAUUGAUUAUUAUGAGGGGGAGCCCGAGCCGACGGGGGAGCCGGUCUUCUACCUCGAUGUCCGGCCUGCGAUUGAUGGGCCGAGGGCUGCGGCGGAGAGGUUGGUCAGGUGGGGUACGGAUACGUGGUGGACGGCCAGUGGCGGGGUGGUGAGGGAGGUGAGGAAGGCGGAGGAGGCGAGGAAGAAGGCCGAGGAGGAGAGGGAGAGGACGAUGAGGAAGUACAACAGCUAA